AUGAAACAUCUCUUAUCGUCUUCGGGGAACAGAUUCAUGAUCGGUGGAGUAGCAAUGGUCCUCAUUUACGGAAAGCUCUAUGCCCUUUUCGACUCCAAGUGGCUGUAUAUCGCAUCCACAGUUAUAUUUAUGGCUGCAUCUGCGCUCUGUGGCGCCGCUCCUACUAUGAACGCUGAGAUAGUAGGACGUGUUUUCGCAGGUGCGGGAGGAAAUGGAAUGUACUUCGGCAUUCUGGCCCUUCUGUCAACGAAUACGACGAGUCGUGAACGUCCACAGUACUUGAGCCUGACGGGACUGGUUUGGGGUCUAGGAACCGUUCUUGGUCCUAUCGUCGGAGGCGGCUUUGAACGAUAUACCUGGCGCUGGGCAUUCUACAUCAAUCUCCUUUUCGGGGCCAUUCUGAUACCAACCUACAUUUUCGUGAUUCCGUCCAGAGAUCCUAUGCCGGGAGUAUCAUGCCGAAAGAAACUCUCUGGCUUCGAUUGGGUCGGUAGCUUACUCAACGUCGCAUCGUUUACGACCUUAGUGAUGGCAAUCAACUUUGGCGGGACACUAUAUGCUUGGAACAGCGGGCCUAUCAUUGCUUUAUUCAUAGUGUCGGGUGCGCUUUGGGCUUUGUUUGUCAUCCAACAGGGCCUCAUGUUCGCUACCUCUCUCCAGAACCGAUUACUCCCAAUGCACCUGUUCAAGCAGAAGGAACCGACACUCCUCUUCAUUGCUUGCGCUGCAGUAGGAAUGGUGACGUAUCCGAGUGUAUAUUACAUCCCGAUCUAUUUCCAAUUCACUCGCGGAGAUGAUGCAAUUCGAUCUGCUGUCAGGUUGCUUCCCUUAAUCUUCCUUCUCAUUGUGGCCAUCCAAUCAAAUGGCGUUAUGAUGUCUCGCCUUGGGUACUAUAAGCCAUGGUACUUGAUUGGGAGUAUAUUAGCACUCAUCCCUGCCAUUAUGUUUUCCACGGUUGUCAGCACCCCUACAAGACCGAGUAUUCUGUACGGACUAGAAGUUGUGCUAGGAUUAGGUGCUGGUUCAUAUACUCAGGCUGCUUUCGGUGUAAUCCAGGCUGUUACCAAGCCUUCUGAAGCCGCCGACGGACUCGCGCUGAUGCUUCUGGCUCAACUCACCGGAAUGACCCUUGGACUGUCCACGACGGGCGCGGUCUUUGUCAAUGUCGCCCAAAACGGUCUUUUCAAGUUGCUUCCCAACUUACCCCGAGACCAAGUCUCUCAAAUAGUCUCGGGAACGAGCAGUGGGCUGCUUAAAAGACUUCCUGAAAACAUUCGAGAACAAGCGCUGGAUAUCAUUGUGCACGCUUGGCACUAUAUGUAA